CAAUGGCAAUGGCAAUGGAAAUUGAAAAUGGAGGGAAAGCAAACCCUAAAUUCAUUGCACCAAUAUAAAAUUAAGAGAAAAAUAAGAGAAAGAAGACAUUCUAUUUUACUUCGGACACUGACACUGCACACCUCAUUUGUGAACAAAAACAAAUCAUUAUUCCUUUCUAGGGCCUCUGUUCCAUGGCGUGGCUGCUUCGCACCGCUAACUCUUCCCUUCUUAAACGUUCUUUCUUCCAUUCCGACCUUCUGACGCGCUUUUGCUUCAAACCAGGACUAUUGGGCACGUCUCAAGUUUUGAGCUUUUCAACUCGCAAAAGGAGGUCUAAAUCAGAUGGAAGUGAUUCAGGUGAAGAGAGCAUGUCUAAGAAAGACGUGGCCUUACAGCAAGCUAUUGAUCAGAUCACUUCCGCAUAUGGAAAGGGAUCUAUCAUGUGGCUUGGUCGUUCUGUGGCACCUAAAAAUAUUCCUGUGGUGUCUACUGGUUCAUUUGCUCUUGAUAUAGCACUUGGGGUUGGAGGUCUUCCAAAGGGGCGUGUUGUGGAAAUAUUUGGUCCAGAGGCUUCUGGGAAAACAACUCUUGCUUUGCAUGUGAUUGCAGAAGCACAAAAGCUAGGAGGCUACUGUGCAUUUGUUGAUGCUGAGCAUGCACUUGAUAAGACACUUGCAGAUUCAAUUGGUGUAAAUACUAAGAACUUGCUUCUUUCACAACCUGAUUGUGGUGAACAAGCACUUGGCCUUGUGGAUACCUUAAUCCGGAGUGGUUCGGUUGAUGUAAUUGUUGUUGACAGUGUGGCUGCUCUUGUGCCUAAAGGUGAACUUGAUGGUGAGAUGGGUGAUGAUCACAUGGCAAUGCAGGCUAGGUUGAUGAGUCAGGCUCUUCGGAAAUUGUGCCACUCUUUGUCUCUUUCCCAGUGUAUAUUGAUUUUUAUAAACCAGGUGAGGUCUAAGAUUUCUACUUUUGGAGGAUUUGGUGGUCCCACUGAAGUUACAUGUGGUGGUAAUGCACUGAAGUUCUAUGCUUCUGUGCGGCUAAAUAUCAAAAGAAUUGGGUUUGUCAAGAAGGGUGAAGAGACUCUGGGAAGCCAGGUUCUUGUCAAGGUUGUGAAGAACAAGCAUGCCCCUCCAUUUAAAACGGCACAGUUUGAGCUUGAGUUUGGCAAGGGUAUAAGUAGAGAAGCAGAGGUUAUAGAGUUGAGCAUAAAAUACAAACUCAUAAGGAAGAGUGGUUCCUUUUAUGAAUACAAUGGCCAGAAUUUCCAUGGCAAGGAUGCUCUAAAGAGGUUUCUGGUGGACAGCGACAGUGUACAAGAAUUAGCAACAAAGCUCAGGGAGAAGAUUCUUAAUACGGCGCCGGAAGUUGACCCCGAGGAACAGGUGAUGAUCGAAGACGUUAUGGAAGAAAUGGUAUCUCUUGAUUCUACUGAUGAAACUGCUUCUGAUGCUGCUGCUGUUGUAGAAGCAUAAAUUUGCUAAUAACCUUAAAAUAUAGGGUACUGCAGUUUCCCUGCUUCAAAAAGAAAACUCUACUCACAGGGCUGUCACAGAUGAAGAUGGCUCUAACAAGGUGAGAAGGAUGCCACAUGGUUCCUAGUUUGGAACAAAUUUUCCUCCUUGUGAGCACAAGGCACAUUGCCUUUGUAAAUUGAAAUUUUUGGUCAUUUUAUGCGAGCCACGAGUCCUGUUGUGCAUCUAAGUUUUGUGACUGAUGAGGAAUCAAGGGCCCUCUAGGCUCAUCAAUACUUCAGUCAUUAUAUGAUUCUGUGUGUAUAUGUAUUCCUUGUAAGAAUUUUGCAUGAAUCAACACUAUUAGAUGAAUAUCUUGCA